UCUAUAUUAUGUUUAAUUGAAUGUUGUUCGAGACAUAGUUUAUAAAUAAUUGUAAACUAGCACAAUUAAAUAUGCAAGGUUGCAUUCCUGAAAAGCACAGAUUCUUCUUACAAAUUAGUUCAUUUGUUCACAUUUUACCCUUUCCAUAAAAAUGAUUAAUAUCAUUUAGGGGAAAACCUGUUUGUUGUUGGUAGAUGGUAAAUAAACCCCGAGCCGUCCUGGAGCAGUAGAGGAUCGUGAUUAUCAGCUACCAGCUCUUGACUUCAGGUAAGCGAUUCUUUUAUUCACCUUGAAUAUAAGUAAUGUCUUUUUGACUCUCAAAGUAACGCGCGGUUUAAUAAACAAGUUGAAUGUUCAUUUAAUUUAAUAAGCAUAGUUUUAUUUAAAAGCUUUUAAUAUAAGAAAUCCCUUCUUUAAAUGGGUUUAAUGUAUGACUGUAUGUGGAUUAAUAUAAUCUAUUUUUUCCAUUCCCCUCGAUGAUACACAAAAACCAUUACAAAGCAUAAGUAUUGAAUGUUUGGGUUUAUUUUGUGUUGCACUUAAUGUUAAAAUGAAAAGUUUGUUUGUUCUUUGAUUCUUCGAUACAAUCCCCCCAAACAACAACGGCAACAGCAACCCCUCCCGGGAAAAAGGAGGAGAGCCAUAAAACGGGUUUCAAUGCACGGCCAAGAAAACUAUGUGAAACUUUGAUAAUAUCCAGAAGAUGAUGAUGAUGAUGAUGAUGAUGAUGAUGAUGGAUACUUUUUCUUCUGAAGUUCGAUGAAAUUUCGGAAUUGCAACCCAAAACUGAUAUAGAAAAUGUAGAUUCAAUUGGGAAAGCUUUUCAAAGCUUGGAAGAAAUCCUUCCCGCUCACACCUCCGAACAGUGAACAUGCCAUCAUUGGUCAGAUGAAAAAGGUGAAUAAUACUUUGAUGCCAACUAUUUACAAAAUUUUGCGAGCAUUUUGCAGCAUUCUGAGUAUUGGGUAGGGAUCAUAGCUUACGAGUGGUGGACAUUGUUAACACCGAAGAAAUGUUUACAAGCAAUAUACAGGAAGCAGGCGGCCGUUUAGUAGCCAAAAUAUUAAGUCAUUUCAGGGUUUCUGGACUAAACAACCUUCUGAUUUUGUCCUCGGAGUGACAGCUGUAGUAACAUUGCUGUAUUCGAUCGCUGCAAUGACGUACUACCAAAAUUUACAUGAACACUCGGGCAUGUGUCUUUGUUAAGUCCAAAGAAAAGUGAAAGAGGUGUGGCUCUGUUUCGAUGUGUUUUCGCAACCUAGCUGUUCCACUUGCUACGGUGGUUUCCAGUGGGUUUCUGUCGUUGCCGAUAGUAUCGAGUCUAUGUAAAAUGGACAACAAACAAAUGGAGGGUUAAGCAGACAUAACAACCGGGAAAACUCGUAUCGCUCGUACAUUCUUGCUUAUUAACAGAAAAAAACACAUCGUUAUGGUUAUAAAAAUGUACAUUAAGCUAAAUGUCAGCCUUUUGCAAGAAGAAUUGUUGUUGGAGCGGAUAAUUCAUUGCCACAUGUCCCUAUGACGAAGAAUGACUGCAGCCUUUUUGAACACAUUUCUUCACGUUGAAACGGUUGACAUGCAGGAUGGGAACAAACGAAACCAAAUGCGGACUGCUGAUCAAGUGUGAUACUGGACAAAGAUGUAACAGUAUCAAAAGAUUGGAUCUAUGUUUUAAGCCAUCGGGUGCAUAUGUUGGCAGCCUUCAAACUAAAAGAAUCCUAAAAAUAAAACUACAAUUUAGUAAUGUUGAUUUUUGAGACCUUUGUAUUUAUUUUUUUACAAGGAAUGAGUCGAAAAUAUGAUAUUAUCAAUAACUUGAAGAAUAGCAACUUCGAAAUGUUUUAAUGAAGACAUAAUGAAAUAUAAAUUAUUAUCAAAUCUUCAUGAUUUUCAUUUGUGAACUCUGCAAUUAAGGCAAUUUGUUGAAAUGAAAAUAUUAUUUUCGUUUUUUUUUUUUUAAAUAGGUUUCGAAAUAAGAACAAGGCACUUCAAAAAGAGUAAAAUUGACGAUAGAACAAAGCCUGCAAACAGUAUUUUUUGUCGGUCAAUGUGACCUAGAUAUCUCUAAUAAUGUUCAGCACAGGUAUAUUCAAGGUUAUUCGUGACAUCGGUUUUCAAAAUUGUAAACAAGAUCACUUGAAUAUGCAAAGUGGCAUAUCUGAUCGUUUUGUGAAAAUCAUUUUCGGGAAAAGUGCGUUGGUCGAUAUUAGAUAGUUUAUAAAGCCCAGCCGCCCUCGGGCAACAUGAUAGCGAUUGCCUGCAGUCUGUUGUAAUCUUCAGCAAGAAUGGCUACGUUUUUAUGAGAUACAACUAUUGCAACCAAAUAUUAUAUUUAAAGCUCAUGACUUUGGUUACCAGCCAUCAUGCCAAGCACUUCUUCCUUUUUUGAUGAAGCUAGAAAGGAAUUUAGCGGUUUGCAACAAAAUUAUAAUAUAGAAGAUGCAGCCUCAAUUGAGGCAGCUAUUCAACGCAUUGAACAAACUCUUCCCGCUGAAGCCUCCCAACAUGGAACAUGUUAUCAUUGCUCUGAAGAGAAGAGAGUGACUGAUACUUCUAUGCUAAAACGCGGACAGCACAUAACAACUCCAGGAGGAAAGACACGCAAAAUAAGAAGUCGGGUUCCAAAAUUUCCUUUUCUGUACAAACACCAUGCCAUCAUAACAAAGGUAGAUGUCGAGGAUGAGCAUAGGGUCCGCUUAGGAACAAUACAUGUAAAUAACAAGGAGCGUCACGUUACGGAGAAAGAUGUUUGCUAUGACCUCCGGGAAGAUUACGUAUGGAUUGUAAACUAUAAGAGAGUGCAACGUACAUAUGAAGAUGUCGCACAAGCAGCUGAAAAACAACUAGCGAAUGCGGAGCCGAAUAGAUACAAUGCAUUUAAAAGAAAUUGUGAGCAUUUCGCAUCAUGCUGUGUAUUAGGAAGAGAUCACAGCUUACAAGUGGAUUCCAUUUUUAGCAGAGCAACACAAACCGCAAACAAACUGCAGGGACCAGGCGGUCGUUUAAUAGCCAGAAUAGUAGCUAAAUUCACUUCAGAGUUUCUGGACGAAAUUGCCUUAGGAGUAACGGCUUCAAAAUGUAUUUCUGGAAUUGUCCUCGGAGGGACAGCUGUAGUAACGUUGCUGUACUCCAUUGUUAUGACAAUGUACUACCGAGACUUGCAUAAAAGCUCAGAAAUGUGUCCUUGUUGUCUACGCAGGAAAGUGUUGGAGGUGUGGCUCGGUUUUGCGGUGUUCGCCUCAACAUCUGCUGCUACUUUCUGCAUGCUAAAUCUAGCUAUCCCUCUUGCUACAGUGGUAACCAGUGGACUUACUGUCGUUGUGAUACUUCUGUCACUGUACACUCAGUGGGAAAUGCCGAAGAUCGUGCGGGCAAUCUACAGUCCAUUUGACAUCGAGGGCAAACGAGUGAUAACUCUUGAAGAGAUACAUCUCGGUGAAGUCGUGUCGUUUGAGUACUGGUUCUUCAAACAUUAUGGCAUAGUAACAGAAAAAACAUCUUCUGGGGUAAAAAUUGUACAUUAUUCCACAAGUCAUCCUUUUGCAACAAGAACAAUUGUUGAAGAGAAGUACGCACUGUCACAUACCCCCAUGAUGAAAUAUGACUGCAGCCAUUUGGAAAGAUAUACUCCAGAAGAAACGGUUAGACGUGCAAGGAUGAGAAUAAACGAAACCAAAUGGGGACCGGUGGUAAAUAGAUCAGAUCAGAUGUGCUACUGGGCAAAGAUUCUACAGUUUCAACCUACUUACGGAAAUGCCCACAGUAGUCUACCAGUCAAAAUGAUGCUAGGAACAACUCAUAUACAUCUUGCAAGCGAAAUUGAGGUCGGAGACCAUGCAUUUCUUAAGAAUACUGAUGGUAUAGUAUGUCGGAAAGAGGAUACUACAGGAUCAAGAACAUUUGGCAUACAUUUGGUUUGUUGCAGACUUGGAAAGUGCACUAUGCGUUUUUUUUUCGGUCGACCUAAACGUCGAUUGGGUGACGGUUCAACAAUACCAUCAAGCGUUUUGCAGACCUAAGAGAGAAAGAGCCGACAUGGCAACACAGCUGAUCGAUGAGCCUUGCAUGGAAAAGGUGUUGUUUCUGAAAAAGACAAUCUGUGAGCAAGAUUAAAAAUUCAACACAGAUGCAGAUAAAGAUAUGCAUCCCGACACAUUUCUAGAGAAAUCGCCAAAGAACAAGCACAACAGCGGGUCUUGUUAUAGCCUGUUUGAAAGCCCUACAGAUGUAAAGAUAUUGUUACCAAAGAUACUGAUAACAACUUGAUAUCAUGUCGAUUUCGAUAAGGUGUGUCGGAUCAACGUGGUUUUGAUUUUGGUUUGAUGUUUUUUACCGAUUUCCGGCGGUGACGGAAAAUGAGACCUAUGUUUUUUUUUAUUUUUUUAUUAUUUCUUUAUUUCGUUUCAUUACCUUAAAAUGUCGACUAUGAUUAAUUCGGUUAUAUAAAUGACGUAAAUCAUGUUAUAAUGAAUAAACAAACACUCCACACGUUGAUGCAUAAAUGUUUAAAAACUAGUAGUAUACAAUAAACCCUUUCAUGGUGACAUGAACGAUUCAACUAUAAUCAUUUUCAUUAGCUUUGCAAUCAUCAUUUUGUUAUGCAUGUUUUUGUAUGCUAUUUCUCAUUCCAUUUGACGCAUUUGAUUCUAAAAUACGAAUAAUUUGCCGACAGCGAGACGAUCUAAAAACGCUUGCCUUCCUAUAAACCAAUUUUUAAACCUGUUCAAUUCCUGAAUGAUCAAAUACUUUUUUAAACAUACUCCGACAUGCAUACAAAUACCCCUAUUUUAUAGAUAGACCGAAUAUGCAAACCUCUACAAUAGAUCAGAUCAUAUGAUUAAAUGAUAUGUUAAGUACAUUGAGUAUAAAUUAUUUGUUAUAUGAACUCUUACAUUUUAAUUAGAUUAUUUGACAUGCGUGCGUAUUAAUACAAUGUUUAUCUUUCUUUUCUAUUCGACAAACAUUUUAUAUUCUUACAUAAUUUUUAUCAUUACUUACAGAUUCAUGCAUAUACAAUGAUUCUUUGCAAUAUGUAACCAAACUAGGCAAUAAACUAACAGUAGCACAUGAGUGCAUAUUUAAGUAGAUUAUUUAAGCUCACUGUAUAUGCGUUUUGUAUAGACUGUCUGAUGUAGAGAGCUACGGAUAUUUGUUUAAAUAAUUAUAAUGUUAUGAGAACUGUUGUAGCUAUCUCGUAAUAUAGUUGCACAAAAUAAGUUAAAAGAGACAGUAUACACGUAAAUUACAAUGAAUAUAACAUACUUUCAUAGUCAUGUCUUUAACAACCCUAAAAACAAACUUUGAUUAAUCGCUUACAAACAUGAAUUAUUUCGAAUUACUUAACUUAAGUAGAUGUUUUUAUACUUAUUCGUUAGUUAUGCUUAUUUUGGGGUAAUGAUCUCAUUUUGUAUUAUAUAUGCAUUGAUUUAGCUUAAAAGUUUGUAUUUGAAUAUUUUUUGUUAAUGUUGACCAUUGCCUUCAUGAGCUUUUGUUAAUAAAUAUUGAAUCAUGAAAUCUUGAA